AUGAAAAAAGAUACAGCCAACGGGAAAAUGUUUGUUUGCGCUUUUCGGGCUCAAAAAGUAAAAGCCUUUGUAUCCUCAUGUGGCACCACUAGACUUGUUGGUGAAAAGACUUUCAAGUCUUCUGACGGUAACCUAGUUACUAUCAAGCGUCCAGAAGUAAUAGAUGGAUUCGAAAGACACAAAAGUUCUGUGGAUGCUGCAAAUAAUUUACGUGAUAACCUGACCUCCUAA